CAUCUGCCUCAUCUCUCUCGUCUUUCGGACAAACACACCACGAGCUAUGAGAUUCCGGAUCAUCGUCUUCCUCCCGCAACCCCGGAUGACUGCUAUUGCUGGCCAAGAUGCGGGGCAUGCAUCUCUCCUCCUUCAGCUCACCAGAUCGCUAUUCCGAAUGAAAUCAUUCCGUUCAUGUGAAUCCUCAACUGCCUCUUGGAGAGGGGUCACCUAGCUGUGCCCUGCUUGUCUUUCCGUAACCCCGUCUCUCACAUAACUGUCCGGUCUUGCCUUUCCUCGCUUUCCUACUCUUCUCUACUUCUUCGCCAGCUCUCAGACCUCCAAUUCCCUGUAGCUUCUACUCGUUGAACAGCUUCAUCCCAUAAGCCCAUAGCUUAUCAUGGUCGCACGAAUCGCCUCUAGAGCAGCCUGGCAAGCUGUAAACUCCGCUAGGACGUCCCUCAUUACCUCUCAGGCCAGGACCUUUGCAAGCACCCUCCAAAGAGAGGACAAGAGGACAGCCAUUGUCACUGGUGCGAGUCGUGGAAUCGGCAAGGCGAUCGCUCUCCGUUUGGCCCAGGACGGCUACAAUCUAUGCAUCAACGAUGUCGAAGCCAAUAGGCAAGGCAUUGAUGAGGUCGUCUCCCAGGUCAAGUCAGCAGGCGUCAAUGCUGUCGGAGCUGUCGGCGAUGUCUCAGACCUCUCGCAAGUGGAGGCUGUAAUUCAAAAGAGUGUCAAAGAGCUUGGCCCGUUGAACACAAUGAUUGCCAAUGCAGGAAUUGCUCAAGUCAAGCCGUUGCUGGACCUCACGACCGAAGAUUUCGAACGCAUGUUCCGAAUCAAUGUAUUUGGCGUACAGAACUGCUACAGCGCUGCAGCACGACAGAUGAUCUCACAGGGUAAUGGCACUGCAGAGGCGCCUUGCAAGAUGUUGGCUGCUGCAUCGAUUGUAGCCUUCAAGCCAUUCGCACUCCUCUCGCACUACUCGGCGUCCAAGUGGGCAGUCCGAGGACUCACACAGGCUUAUGCAAUGGAAAUGGCCGAACAUCAUAUUACCGUCAAUGCGUAUGCACCUGGCAUUGUCGGCACAGCCAUGUGGGAUCUGAUCGACGAGGAGCUCGGCAAGAAACGUGGCAAUGAUCUGGGCCAAGUCAUCAAGAAGGGUGAAACGAUCAAGAAAUAUACAGAUGAGUUGAUUGCUCUUGGUCGUGUGUCUGUGCCAGAGGACGUAGCCAAACUGGUCUCCUUCCUUGCUGGCCCCGACAGUAACUACAUUACCGGGCAAACGCAAGUUGUUGACGGAGGUAUUAUUUUUACAUAGUUGUAUAUCAGAU